AUGCAUUUUUGCCACGAUAUUAAUAUUUCCCAAAUGAACAGCAACUGGUCAAGGGAUGUCCGUGCUUCCCUGUAUAGCUUAAUGUCACUCAUAAUUCUGGCCACUCUGGUUGGCAAUGUGAUAGUAAUAAUUUCUAUAUCCCAUUUCAAGCAACUUCAUACACCCACAAAUUGGCUCCUUCAUUCCAUGGCCACUGUGGACUUCCUGCUGGGCUGCCUGGUGAUGCCUUACAGCAUGGUGAGAACAGUUGAGCACUGUUGGUAUUUUGGAGAAAUUUUCUGUAAAGUUCACACCAGCACCGAUAUUAUGCUGAGCUCAGCAUCCAUUUUCCACUUAUCCUUCGUUUCCAUCGACCGAUACUAUGCUGUAUGCGACGACCCGUUAAGAUACAAAGCCAAGAUCAAUACCUUGACUGUUUUUGUGAUGAUCGUCAUUAGUUGGAGUGUUCCUGCUGUUUUUGCCUUCGGAAUGAUCUUCCUGGAGCUGAACUUCAAGGGAGUUGAAGAACUGUAUCACAAACAGGUUGAUUGCCUGGGCGGCUGUUCUGCCUUCUUUAGCAAAGUACCUGGAGUGCUGGCCUUCAUGACUUCUUUCUAUAUACCUGGAUCUGUCAUGUUAUUUGUUUACUAUAGAAUAUAUUUCAUAGCUAAAGGACAAGCAAGGUCAAUUAAUGGCACAAAUCUUCAAAUUGGAUUGGAAGAGAAACACAGAACGCCACAAAACAAAGAAACAAAAGCCGCCAAGACCUUAGGGAUUAUGAUGGGUGUUUUCCUCAUAUGCUGGUGCCCCUUCUUUUUCUGCAUGGUCCUGGACCCUUUUCUGGGCUAUCCUAUCCCACCCACUUUGAAUGAUGCACUGAAUUGGCUUGGGUACCUGAAUUCUGCCUUCAACCCAAUGGUUUAUGCCUUUUUCUAUCCCUGGUUCAGAAGAGCAUUGAAGAUGAUUAUCUUUGGCAAAAUUUUCCAGAAAGAUUCAUCUAGGUCUAAGUUAUUUUUGUAG